AUGAAAAUCAUAUGUUCUUCGUUAAAGACCAAUUUUAAAAUUUUGAGAUUCUUUUCUGCAAAUAAAGGAACUAAAAAAGAGAUUGGAUUUGAUUUGAAUGAUGAUCAGAAAGAAUUUCAAAACUUAGCCCGAAAAUUUUCAUUGGAAGAAAUUAUUCCCAAAGCCUCCCAUCAUGAUAAAACUGGUGAAUAUCCUAUGGAUAUUAUAAAAAAAGCUUGGAAACUAGGCUUUUUAAAUGUUCAUAUACCUCAAAAAUAUGGUGGAAGUGAAUUAAGCUGUCUUGAUGAAUGUAUUACUGGGGAAGAACUGGCUUAUGGAUGUUCUGGGAUAAGUACUGCCAUUUUGGCAAAUAGUUUAGCAGAAAUGCCUGUGAUUCUUUUUGGUAAUGAAGAGAUUAAGAAAAAAUAUUUAGGACGUAUGACUUCUGAACCAUUAUUAGCAGCUUAUUGCGUAACCGAACCCGGAGCGGGUUCCGACGUGGCGGGCAUACAAACCAAGGCCGUGAAAAAGAAGGACAAGUACAUACUGAACGGCCAAAAACUGUGGAUAACCAAUGGCGGCGUCGCUAAUUGGUAUUUCAUUCUUGCCAGAACUGAUCCUUCGGCUCCCGCUAAUAAAGCUUUUUCCGGUUUCGUAAUCGAUUCGAACACGCCUGGCAUAAUUAUCGGGAAAAAGGAAUUGAACAUGGGUCAAAGAGCUUCCGACACACGUGCCAUAACUUUUGAAAACGUAGCCAUACCUCAAGAAAAUAUAUUAGGGGCAGAAGGAAUCGGCUUUAAAAUCGCUAUGACCGCUUUUGACAACACAAGACCACCAGUUGCCAUUGGUGCCGUAGGUUUGGCGAGAAGAGCCUUCGACGAAGCUAGUAAAUAUGCUACCGAAAGAAAGGCUUUUGGAAAGCCAAUAGCCGAGCAUCAAGCUAUCGCCUUUAUGAUAGCCAAUAUGUCCAUAGCAGUCGAGACUUCCCGAUUAAUAACCUACAGAUCUGCUUUUGAAAUCGAUUCGGGUCGUAGAAAUACGUUUUACGCUUCAAUUGCUAAGGCAUAUGCCUCGGAUAUUGCCAACGAAUGCGCUUCUAAUGCAGUUCAGAUUUUUGGUGGGUGCGGAUUUAACUCAGAAUAUCCAGUAGAAAAAUUGAUGAGAGAUGCUAAAAUUUUUCAAAUUUAUGAAGGCACGUCACAAAUUCAAAGAAUGAUAAUAGCUAGAGAAAUCUUUAGUCGUAUAAAAAAUCAAUCAUAAAAAACUGAAUUUCUGUUCAAAAUAAAAAUAUUAAUUGAAAUUCCAAUUUUUUAAAUGCAGUUAUUUUAAAUCUUAUUUAGUAUUAUAUAUCUCGAAUAAUAUAUACAUUUUUUGAAAUAUAUUUAAUUAUUAUUUUAUUCAAAAUACCAAAUUUUUAUUUAUUGUAAUGAUUCGCCUAAAAAAAAAAUUUUUAUACACAUUUUUAUAUCAUGCACAAAAGCUCAUAUAUUUUGUCAAAGAUUUAUAUAUUUUGAUUUAUUUUAUUUUUUUUGCUAAUUUUUUUUUGAAACUUUA